AUGGAGGGUAACAACAAGAAGGGCUACGGGUGGGCAAUCUCAGCCGUCCUAAAUGCCACUCUGGCUGCUGUUUCGGCGAAGCUCAUCACUCCUCAGAUUGUUAGGUAUGGUUUGGUGAUAUUGUUCAAUGCGACAAUGUGGGGAUGUUAUGUGAACAGCCUUAAAGCUCUGUCUUCUCUGCAAGCUAUUGUUACAAAUUUUGCUGCGAACUUCUUGUUUUCUAGUCUAGCUGGAUACUUUUUGUUCCAAGAACCCUUAUCUUUUCAGUGGUUUGCAGGUGCCCUGCUCAUUGUUGUUGGUUCACUCGUACUUAGUAAGUUGAGUAUUGAGAGGAAGGCCCAUACCCAUUAA